AUGCCAGGCCUUGCCGCUGAUACUUGCCCAGCAAAGGCAGAGCCAACCCUCUCAUUCACGCAGGGACUCAUUCUCGGCCAACUAUCAGUUGUUCUCGUUCUAGCCGCCUUCAUCAAAUUCUUCAUCUUCGGCGACCCUCCCUCGCCAGAGGUGACAGCAUCACUGAGAGCAACAGAACGUCGAUCAAGGACCUUGGCUCAUAAGCGCUCUCUCCUCAGUCUUCGGACAGCAAACGCAAAGCAUGGCCAGCAGACGCUCAAUCGGAAGAAGUCGAGCGUCCUCCGGAACCCUCCGAAUCUGACCAUCGGUUCCAUCCUCAGCAAAACCUACUACAACGUAGACAGUCACCAGCCAGAGAGUUUGGACUGGUUCAACGUCCUCGUGGCCCAAACAAUCGCCCAGUUUCGAAGCGACGCGCAGCAUGACGAUGCCAUUCUGAGCUCCCUCACCAAGGCACUGAACGGAGGAUCGAGGCCCGACUUUGUAGACGAGAUCCGCGUGACGGAGCUGAGCCUAGGAGAGGACUUCCCGAUUUUCAGCAACUGUCGGGUCAUACCUGUUGAUGAGGACGGGCUGAAUCUGGGCAGCGGCAGAACUCUCAACGCGAGCGCCGCAACGAGAGAUGGCGCGAAGCUGCAGGCUCGGAUGGAUGUUGACCUCAGCGACAUGCUCACUCUCGCCCUCGAGACAAAGCUUCUCCUCAACUACCCCAAGAACCUCAGUGCCGUGCUGCCCGUAGCACUCUCAGUCUCCGUCGUAAGGUUCAGUGGCACUUUGUCGAUUUCCUUCAUCCCGAGCAACCCCUCACAAUCUACACCGACCAUGAUGACUUUCAGCUUCAUGGAUGAUUACCGCCUCGACCUGUCAAUUCGAAGUCUUCUCGGAAGCCGUUCAAGGCUUCAAGAUGUGCCCAAAAUCGCCCAAUUGAUUGAGUCCCGUUUACACCGUUGGUUCGACGAGCGAUGCGUGGAGCCACGAUUUCAGGAGAUCGCCCUGCCGAGUAUGUGGCCGCGCAAAAAGAACACGAGGGGCCCUGAAGAUGGGCUGGCCGCCGAGAUCAACGCGUCAGUGAGCAGGGCGAAGGGGAAAGACACCAAUCCGAACCUCCGCGCAGAAGCUCGAAGAGAGGUCGAAGCCGAGGCAAGGACACACACAGGUUGGGAGCACGAUUCGCUACUUCGACGCAGGAUGCGUAGUGACGACGGGUUGACGAUACCCGGCGCAAUGCCGGGGCUAGAUAUCGACAUGAAGACGUGA